CGGCGGAGCUGGAAGGAAUGAUGACCCAGGGAGGAUGUGCACCAGCGGCCAGAUCAUCGGGGGCCUCCUGGUGCUCUCUGUGCUGGAGAUAGGGCUGGGGGUGGCCAGCGUGGCCGUGGGGGCGGUCAGCUUCAGCUUGGCCCUCACCGACCACAAGCCGCAGCUGGGAGACUCUUCCCCGUUUCUGCUUUGUGGCAUAUGUGGAAUAUUUUGCGCCAAAAAAAAGUCUGGACUUGUCAUGAUCCUUUUUUCGGCCUGUUGUAUCUGCGGAUUGAUCGGAGGCAUCCUGAAUUUUCAGUUCCUUCGGGCGCUGUCCAAGAAGUCCUCCUCCCUUUACUCCCUGCACCUGGCCUCCAUGUCUCUUGCAUGCAUCGGAAUUGGGGGCUGCACCCUUUCUUCAUGGCUCACUUGCCGGCUAGCCAGCUAUGAACAAAGGCGGAUGUUCUCGGAACGAGAGCACUCGCUCCAUCACUCUCAUGAGAUGGCUGAGAAAGAAAUGACGGACAACAUGAGCAAUGGAGCCCCCCAGCUGAUAUAUAAUGGAAGAGUAUAAUAAUGGUUUUUAAAGAUUUGAACUUUUUUUUAGGUUUUUCUUCAGAAAGGAGACACCAAAGGACUAGGAAGGAAUGAGACACAAUUCUGGCAUUCACUUCCAGAUUUCCUAAACUACAGAGCGGCCCGGACGAAUUUCCUCUUAGAAUUGACAAUUGAAAUUUCUCUUCCUGGAUUUUCCCGACUGCAUUUAUCAGCUCCUUUCGUUGGCUGAACAACU